AUGUUCACAAUCUCAAUCUCGCCCUUCUCGCGCCCUUCUACCCCUGAGCAAUCGAGCUACCCACCUUCCCCUCGCUCAAUCCUGGAAGAAUACUUCAUGGACGUCGAGGACAUUCAAGAUAUCGAUGCCAUCUCAAUCGCAUCCUCGGUCUCCUCUUCAGUGUCAAGCACAUCACAAAGAGUGAUUAGCACUUUCAUGUCAGGACUCUCGUACCCAAAGAGAAAGCUGUCGCAGCUCUUUGUUCCAGAGGUGGACUUUGACUUUACAUUCCCCAGUCUUGAGGAUGUGUUUCCUUCUUGA